UGCUUUUCUCACAAUGUAUAAUGAAUAAAAUUUUUUUAAGUACCUCGUGGAAUUGCUGGUAUAAUUUUUGAAUAACUGAAUUACUCAUUUUUCAAUUGCAAAUGUACAAUAUUUGCUUAAAUAUAAAAUCGCUUAGAGAAGGUAAAAAAUAAGUAUUUUAAAAAAUCAUUGAUGUAAAAUCAUGUCACGCGGCUCUUGCAAAAAUAAUUGACAUUCGUUACAAGUUUUCUUUCUUUCAUCCUUCACUGUGGAAAACUGCCAACGAAUGUCAUAAAAUUCUUUGUAGUUCACUAAAAAGUAAGAAUAUGGAUGACGAAAAAGCAAGUUUGAAUUACGAUUGUAAUUACAAUCUAUUUCUCGCAAAACGACUUAUCCGGGAUAUCGUUAGAGUACAAGAUCGUCAAAAUGCAGUGAAGUGGUUACGAUUCUUAAUGGCUUCCAACAAAACCGUAUCUGAAAUGCAAUUAAGGAACGAUUUCAUGUAUUACUUAGUUUUGAACCUACAAGAAGGAUCUCUAAGGCCACCAUUCAAUUCACCACCACCGAUAUCUGCAGGACUUACAGACAUUGCCGGUUUGAUACCAAGUAAAAUUGACAAUACGGAAACUGCCGAUGACGUCACAUCCACUCUAGACGCUCCUACAUCGGAAAAGCCAAUGGUAAUGUCAAAAUCACCAGAUGGCGGUGCGUUCUUAGCAGUUCAACCAGUACCACAUCAAGGAUCAUUUUGCUACCUAGCAAUUACAACCAAAAAAGAUGGGAAUAAUUGA